AUAAAAACGAAGGACGGAAAAAAAUCCCUUUUCAUCUGCACAGCUGGGGGCAGUUUAUGAAUGAAAUCAAAGGGUGAUAAAUGACCAUAAAUGUUUGUGUUACUAGAAUGUAGAUCUGCCAUUGUUUUUCAAAUUUCUUUUCCGUAAAGUGUCACCAUUAACGCAAACAUGUGAUCUUAGAAGAUUUCAGUGAAACGCUUUGAGCACGCCUCUUCCAUUCGCCAGAUCACAACAGAGUGCACCGACAUACUGGAAUUGCCAAUACUUGCCGUUGACAUCUCAUCUCAGAGACACCGUGUCCAUUUAAUUAAACCAUGAGAAUGGAACCACGCUUGGAUUUUUACCUGAGACAGAAUAAAUCCGUCUGCUCUUAGAAUUAAGACGAGAUGAAGGUACUAUAGAGUCCAAGAAAGUUCCCGUUUCGAAAGUUCAUAGAAAUGGACGACGGUGCCUCACGUGAUGCCUUCCUGUCAUCUGUGCUACGGGCGGUCCGCGAGGCGUGUACGCAACACUUGGACUUCAAGGCCCGGGUCUGCACCACGGGCUUCCUGUGUGUCGACCUGGACGGGGAAAGGCAAAAUCAUUUCGUCCUCAACGAAGUCUUUCGCAAGGUCAAGGAGGACAGCAGUAACAGCUUCUGUCUAAAGACUAUCGACACCAAAUCUUCAAAAACUCAAAACCUUGCCCGACCUGCCUACAAAGACUACCGGGAGAGCCACAGCUGCACUCCAGUGCGGAAGGCAUUCAGCUCACGCUCCCCGAGAGGGAGUGGCUCUGGCAGGUACAUGUCACGUUCCAGCGCCAUGCAGCCCUCUGAAAUAAAAAAGUCGAGCAUCUGCCUCAAACCGACAGCAGGCAGCACAAAACCGUCACAGAAUCUGUUCUGGAAAUCUCGUCGGCAGAAGGUUAACCGGACUUUCACGAUAGAGAGCGAUAAUGAAUCAAAGUACAAAAUCAAACCUAGACAGGAGCCUUGCUCUAUAGUCUGUGCUACUGCAUCACCGAAGAAAGUUGUGCCUUGUCAUCGGCCUGCAAAUCACAAUGUAAUCAGGGCAAGCGGCUCAAUUCCUGGCUCUGAAUGUAAUGUUACCGGCGUGUCGAGCAGAGGGAGAAAACAUACAGCAAGGCUGUGCCGAGAAUCUUCUUCCGAAACAAUCAGCCACAGCACGUUCGUCAAAGCUGCAGAGACUUCUAAAACAUUUCAAUACCCCCCAAUAAACAGGUGUCAGGUAAACAACGCAAACCUUUGUUGCCCGUCCUUGAGCGAUGGGGAAAAUUCAAGUGACACAGAAUUGCAACAGAUAAAUGACCGCUUUGAUUUCUUCCAACCACACAACCUGAACGAUCCCGACAUAUCCAUCGCCUCCACCAAACCCCCUCACGGUUUUGUCCAGAGCAACUUGGAUAUUUUUGUACGCUCUCCGAGGGCUCAUAAAUCUGAGAACUUCGAUACGCCACAAGCACGAAACCCAUGUGAAACACUCAGCACGCCAAACUUUCUGAAGGAGGAAAACAUCUCACAGGCCAACCCACAGGACAUUUCUGCUCUCCUCAACAACGUGAUCGCUGCGUUGUCACAGACACAGCACAACGACUACAAAGAGGAACGACCUCUGUGUAAACCACCGGCGUCCCCUGUGUCAUGUGUGAUGGGAGACUACCGAGAGCCCAGUCUGAGGAGCGUCGACUCGUUGCAGAGGGCAAAUCUUGAGUACAAAUUUGAGGAUGACAUGACACCGCUGAAAAAUCGUGACGUCAUGCAUCUAAUGUACAAGCAACAUGGCGGUUCGCCCAAAGGAUGCGCCGAGGUCACGGACUCUCCUUCAGUCAUCAAAAAGAAAGCCAAACUGUUCAAAUGGAUGAAACUUUUCAAGAAAGCAGCCCUUACAGAACCCGAGAGCCACAUGCCGUACCUCUGCCAGCCACAGAAUCUCACACAAGCGUGGCCAGUUGGUCAGUCAGCAAACACUUCAAAAGUCCCGUCUUCAAAAAGAGAAGAGUUAGCCACUUCUAAUAGAUGGAACAAGAAAGCUUCACUUUCCUGGGAGGUUUCCCACAAGACAGACUCUGAGCACAGGCUGCGCGUGUACUGCCCGCUCGCUGUGUUGAUUUCACAAUGGAUCAAACAUGUCAAAAGUAGCCAACUGUUUCAUCAAAGUCGAGACAUCUUUUUACGGUAUUUCUUUUUGAUUGUUGCAUCCUUAAACGUAAAUGAAUUACACUGAAAAAGAAAAUAAAACUAGUAUAAUACAUUGUGCGACCUAUUCAGUGCCCUUAUAUCGUUUUGUUCCACAUUUGCUGCUUAAGACUGCUGCAUAAUAAAUGAUAAUAUUAUUAUGAUUAUGAAUUAUUCUUUUGACUUGACGCAGAUACCUAAGUUGGGUGCAGAGUUAGAGUCAAGGAAGAUAUAAUAUAUCUAUAUAAGACAUGGUCAUGGCUGAAUGCUUCCGUCCCCUGACAUGUCCAAAUCAAUGUGAGUUUGCUAGAGUUCCCAUUCAAAAAUCCCCUUCGGAAAAAGAACGUCUUCGAAAGUCGCAGUUGCCUUUUGA